AUGGCAGCCAGCACUACUACGGUGUCAGUUCUUGCUCCGAAUGGACGUAGACAGACAGUUAAAGUGUCGCCAAACACACCGCUGCUCCAGAUUCUUGAAGAAGUUUCCAAGAAGCUAGAGUUUAAUCCAGACGACUAUGGACUGAAGUUUCAGAGAAAUGUGCUGGACUUGACGCUGCAAUGGAGGUUUGCCAGCCUGCCAAACAAUGCCAAACUGGAGGUAGUAACCAGCACCCGAGCCCGUGCAGGAGCAGAGAGCAUGGUCCGAGUUGCGCUGCAGUUAGAGGACGGAUCUCGUCUCCAGGGCUCUUUCUCCAGCGGACUGAGUCUGUGGGAACUGCUGAACCACUUUUCUCAAACCAGAAUACCAGAGCUAGAACUGUCUGGAUCUACACCCGUCUGUGUGUACAUGAGAGAUGAGGUCAGUGGACAGGAAGCUCUGAAAAAGACCACUUUUAGGUCUUUGGGGCUGACCGGCGGCAGUGCCAUUGUGAGGUAUGUAGUGAAAGAGAGUAACACUCCUGAGCCCAGUGAACCCAUGGAAGAAGCCGCCACACCGACCGACCCAGCUACCGCGUCAAACGCAUCCGAACCUUCUCCUGUGAUUAACACGACCCCUCCUGAUCAGCCCGCUGAGCCAACACCUGCCCCAGUUCCUGUUCAGAUGCCCAGUCUGCCCUCUCAGAGCUCAGAAACUGCUGCUAAAAUGUGCCAAGCUCCUCCUGUCCAACAGGAAGAAACCGCCAGCAAACAACAGCCAGAGGUGCAGCCCAAAACAAAACAGACGCCUCCGGAGUCCAGAACAGAGCAGCAGGUGGAUCAGGAACGACCAGGGCCGUCUCGUGAAUACCAUUCCCACUCAGCCACACCCAGCAGCUUUGUGCCUUUCUCUGGUGGCGGGCAGAGGCUUGGAGGAUCUGGGGUGGAUGGACCAAAUGAGUCUUCUUCAUCAUCAUCAUCCUCAUCGCCACCAAAAGCCAAGAAGGCCAAAGCGAGCCAUGAUGUCCAGCGUUCGGCUGGUGCCACAUGUGGAGCCAAUGAUUCAGAAGAGGCCGAGGAAUAUCUGGAGCCGGUGGACAGAGAACCUUUUGUCUUCCAUCUGGACACAGCAGCCCAGCGGCAGUGUGAUACUCAGGAUUUGCCAGAUGAGUUCUUUGAGGUGACGGUGGACGAUAUAAGGAAGAGAUUCGCUCAGUUAAAGAGUGAGAGGAGGACGUUGGAGGAAGCCCCUCUGAUGACCCAGUCUUUAAGGGAGGCUCAGAAGAAAGAGAAAAUGGACAGGUAUCCUAAGGUGGUGAUUAGAGUCCAGUUCCCUGACAGACGAGUCCUUCAAGGCUUUUUCAGGCCACUAGAAACAGUUGCUGUGCUAAGGCAGUUCGUCAGGACUCAUUUACAGGAUCCUGAGAUCUCCUUCUACCUCUUUAUUGCGCCUCCCAAGACAAUCUUGGACAACCCCAGUGCUACUUUCUUUCAGGCCAACCUCUUCCCUGCUGCUCUAGUGUACUUCGGCUCGGACGUGAAGACAGAGUGCUUUUUGCGCAGUGAUCUUGUGGACAGCACCGUCUCUGCUCUGCAGGCUGAUGAACUCAUCGCUGGCUGUAUGCCUCGGUCUCCACAUCCAUCCUCCGGCUCACUGCCCCCUAACGAGGCCUUCUUACAUGACACGGAGUCUAACGAAGCCUCGAGGAAUCAGCAUGGAUCCAGACAGGAACCCACCGACCCUGAGCAGAGCCAAGUCCCGAAACCUGCCCGGACCGACCCUGCAAAGGUGCCCAAGUGGCUCAAACUACCCGGAAAGAAGUGACAACUGUGGAGUCACUAGAAAACGUCUCAGAAAGGAGCUGAAGAUAUGAAGAGAUGAUUCCUGGACAGCAAUGACAAAACUAAUGACAAAAAAUGUAAUGCUAAUGGCACAAUGUGAGUUCAUGCAAAACCAAACCAGUAAUUUCAGAACGACCCAUGAGAUGUUUUUUCAUUAAAUCAGAAAUGCUCUUA